GGUUACACAUACAGUUGCACCACUCCAAAUAUCGAAGCCAGAAGUGCCAAAACCCAACCAAAAUACUCUCUCUAUCUCCAUCUCCAUCUCCCCGUACGUGCAUUUCUCAACUCUCUACACCACUCCUUUCACUUGCUGCAUUACAUUCUUCUCUUUCCAACACAAUGACAAAUUUUUCUUCUUCAGCCCUGCUCAUCACCUUUUUUGUCCUCUUCUUCUUGCAAGAUUCUUCAUCUUCACCUUUUAAACAGCAGAAAUUCUACAAAUUCCAAACGAGAUUCCAAGAAAAAUUCGUGUCACCUAAUCUUGCCCCUGUAACAGCUCCAUUGCCCAUCCAAGAUACACCAAAGAGUAGUGGGAGAGUGUUUUUUCCUAUCGGGUAUGGAGCGGAUCCGAGUGGGGCGCAAGAUAGCAGUGAUGCCAUACUGAAUGCAGUAGCGGAUGCACUCAUGGUAGAGAAUGAUGGACACCAGUUGUUGCCUGGAGUGAGUGACUUGGGAGGUGUUAUUAUUGAUUUACAAGGAGUGAGUUUCAAGAUUGGGAAGCCCAUUAGGCUUCCACCUGGUGCUGGCAAUCUCGUGAUUCAAGGAGGAACUUUGCGUGCAUCGGAUACAUUUCCAGGCGAUCGACAUCUUGUUGAAUUAUGGUCACCAAGUUCUGUCAAACGUGAUACAGACGACCUGGAGGACAAUGCUCAAACCGGUGGAAUAUACUAUGAGGACAUUGUAUUUCGGGACAUUCUUUUCGACUCCGAAUAUCGAGGAGGCGGAUUGUUGGUGCUCGACUCGGCUCGAAUUCGUGUAACUGACUGUUACUUUCUUCACUUCACAACACAAGGAAUUCUUAUUCAAAAUGGUCAUGAGACCUUCAUUUCAACUUGCUUCCUGGGAGAACACCCAACCAUUGGAGGCGACAGAGGCGAAAAAGAUUUCACAGGCACGGCUAUUGAUCUCGCGAGCAACGAUAAUGCAGUCACCGAUGUCGCCAUUUUCUCCGCAGCCAUCGGGAUCACUCUAAGAGGUCAGGCUAACAUAAUUACAGGGGUACAUUGUUAUAACAAAGCUAAGUAUUUUGGUGGAGUUGGAAUUCUUGUAAAAGCAGCACAAACAAGACUGGAUAAUUGUUAUCUGGACUUCAAUUCGAUAGUCAUCGAGGACCCUUCUCAAGUUCAUGUCAUCAACGGGUUCUUCCUUGGAGGAGGUAACAUUGUUUUAAAAUCGAUCAGAGGUCGAAUAUCGGGUUUAACUAUCGUCAACAAUAUGUUCACUGGGAACGAAAAGAGUACUUGGACGCCUAUUGUAAGUCUAGAUGGGGCGUUUUCAAGUAUCGAUCAAGUGGUGAUUGAUCACAAUAAUGUUAACGGGAUGAGUUUGAGAUCAACGGUGGGGAAGAUGGCGGUUUCUGGCAAUGGAACAGAAUGGGUUGCGGAUUUUUCAUCUGUACUGGUGUUUCCUAAUCAGAUAAACCAUGUUCAGUAUUCAUUCUAUGUUCCUGGGUUUUCUGGGGGGUUUCCGGGACAUGUAUUGACAAAUGUGUCGAAUAAUAUUGUGGUAGUAGGGAGCGAGAAACCGAUUAACGGGGUGGUUUCUGUUGUUGUCGAUCAACAUAAUAUGGUCGGGGAGAGGAAUUUUUUCAUGUAAAAGACUAGAAAUGCCUUCAUUUAUAACAUAAAUUUCGAUAUUUCAUAUCAAAA